AUGGCCGCAUCCGGCUUCGGCCGCGAAGCCGGGCCCUCCACCCGUGGCCCGGGCUCCGCCUUACCCGCUUUCGGCGUCGGUGCCGCCACCCCAUCUCCGGCUAUCCCGUCCUUCCCCUCUGCUCGCCCUGCGACCCCAUCCUUCCCCUCCGCUCGCCCGGUUACCCCUUCCUUCCCCUCCGCUCGCCCGGUUACCCCUUCCUUCCCCUCCGCUCGCCCCGCCAACCCGACCUUCCCCUCAGCUCGCCCCAGCAACCCGUCCUUCCCCUCUGUGCGCCCGGCCGCCCCGAGCUUCCCGAGCCCUCGGCCCCAGCUCGCCCCGGCGGAUACAAUGUCUCGCUCUGCUGCCACUCAGUCCAUGCCUAUACCUGUACCCUCCACACGUCCGACCACUGACGCUUCCCUGCGCUUCCCGAGCUCUCGUCCUGCACUCGACCCAGGUGCGACCGCUGCCACCGGUCGCCACGUUGCUCGGCAUCUUCAGCCCCAGCCGAGGCCAGCCAUAUCAUCAGUAAGCAGGUCCACGGAUUCUCUUAUUUCCUCAAGGAACAGGGCCCUAUCACCUGUAUCAAAUCUGCGUGCAGAUUCUCCUGCAGGUUACAAUAAUGGUAUGGAACAAAGAAGGUUGGUGAACUACGCAGACCCAUUGUUUGAAAAUGGAAGUUUGCAAUCUUCAGAGCAAUUGAGGAUGCGACCUUCAGAGAACAUGAGGUCACAAACUUCAGCCAGAUCACCGCCAUCAAACAUAGCCAGCAAGUUUAGACCUCCAUCAGACUUCCAAGAUCAUCAUCGUGUGCAGAUUGUUGAUCCUCGUGCUAACGUGUAUAAUAGAUUCAGUGGUUCAAUGCAAAAUCGAUCGUUGGAUCAUAACAUUUCAAAAAGGUCAAGGUCACCUACUUUGUCCUAUCAGGAUGCUGAUGGCACAGAAGCUCAUACUAAUACUGGUGGAAAUUCUAGAAGACUGGUUGACUAUUCGGAUACCAUCAGUGAUGAAAAUGUUGAAGCCUCAAAAAGGAUGCGAUCACCUGCAUCAGAGUUCACACGCAUGGUCAAGUCACCACCAUCAGAUAUUAGAGACAAUAUUAGGUCAUCACCUGUAGAUUUUGGCAGCAGCAACUCAGACCAGAAUCUUCGUGCACAUGCUGAUGUCCAGAAGUCUGAUGCAUCCUUCCCCAAGUUCGGAAAUCAAAUACAAUCACGCAUUGGUGCUGCACGUUCACCACCACAACAGAUGUCUCGCCUUUCAGACUCCAAUGAACUUAACACAUUAGCUAUUUCUCCACCAAAGCCUUCUAUACUUAGUGCUACCAGAAGAACAGGGAUAUCUCCUUUGGAUGCUACUGAUGAUGAUCAUUUGACCCCUUCAACUGAACUUGAGAGGGAGGAACAAGCAAAAGCCAAGCGUCUGGCUCGUUUCCAUGUUGAAUUAAGCAGGCCAGUAGAAAAUACUAAUGACUUUGUGAAAGCACUCAAAAGCUCUGCAGACAAGUCCAAACAAGCCACAUCAGUGGGAAAAACUCCUAUGAGAACAAACGAUGAUACUGAUGAGAGUACUUUGGCUGACAUGGAUUCCACAGAUUUAGCCGCAAUUGUUGGGCUUUGCCCUGAUAUGUGCCCAGAACCUGAGAGGGCAGAGCGUGAGAGAAAAGGAGAUCUUGAUAGGUAUGAAAGAUUAGAUGGAGACAGAAACCUAACUACUCAGCUUCUCGCUGUUAAAAAGUAUAAUAGGACUGCUGAGAGAGAUGCAGACUUGAUAAGGCCUCUGCCAGUUCUACAGAAGACAAUGGAGUACCUUCUUAGUUUGCUGGAUCACACAUAUGAUGACAGUUUCUUGGGCUUAUACAACUUCUUGUGGGACAGGAUGCGAGCAAUAAGAAUGGAUCUUAGAAUGCAACAUUUCUUCAAUCAAGAGGCUAUUUCUAUGCUUGAGCAAAUGAUAAGGCUCCACAUCAUUGCGAUGCAUGAAUUAUGUGAACACAACAAAGGAGAAGGUUUUUCAGAGGGUUUUGAUGCACACCUCAACAUUGAGCAGAUGAAUAAAACAUCAGUUGAGCUAUUUCAAAUGUAUGAUGACCAUAGGAGAGAAGGUGUUUUCUUCUCAACAGAAAAGGAGUUUCGGGGUUAUUAUGCACUGCUUAAGUUAGACAAACAUCCUGGUUACAAGGUCGAACCUGCUGAGUUAUCUCUGGAUCUUGCUAAGAUGUCUCGUGAAAUUAGAGGCAGUCCAGAGAUCUUGUUUGCAAGAGAAGUUGCAAGAGCAUGCAGAAUGGGGAACUUUAUUUCCUUCUUCCGUCUUGCAAGGAAAGCUACAUAUUUGCAGGCCUGUUUGAUGCAUGCUCACUUUGCAAAGCUAAGGAGGCAAGCACUUGCUUCCUUGCACAGUGGUCUUCAAAAUGGCCAAGGCAUCCCUAUUUCACAAGUUGUGGAGUGGCUUGCUAUGGAGGACGAGGAUGUUGAAAGUCUAUUAGAAUACCAUGGUUUUGGAUUGAGGCAGUAUGAAGAACUGUACCUAGUAAAAGAAGGACCUUUUCUUAACAGUGAAAGCGAUUUCCCAUCUGGUUGUUCACAGCUUGUGCAUUCGAAAAAAUCACAGAGGGUUGUUGAUGAUGUUUCUUCUGGGCCAGUUUGUGCUCCUAUUAGCAAAGAAAAGACUGUCUUUCCAUAUCCUGGUCAACCCGUUGCUGGCAAAAGAGAUCUAUUUCUACCACAGAAUGCUCUUGUGAUUCCUCCUGAUGGCAGAAGGGAUUUGGAUCCAUCAUUUCCUGGGCUUGUUUCAACCACUCCUGACAGACAGAUUAGCUUAAUGUUUUCAGAUCCUUUCUCUCCAAAAGCUGCCAAUAAACUAUUUAGUUCAACGCAUCCAAAGCCUCUCUCCCCAACUGAUGGUAGAAAAGACGGGUUUUCAUCUUUUCUUACUGCUGCUUCUCCACGUACUGGCAAGAGGGACAUACUCUCAAAAACACCAAAAGUAGCUUCACCAAAAACUGAAGGCAAGACCAAGUUGGCUAAUGAUCUUAUAGCUGAAGACCAGGAUAGUGGUGUUGCUGAGAUCCCUCAAAAGGUAGAGAUGCAAACAGACAUACUGUGGUCACAAGCUAACACGCAACACGUCAAUGCUCUGGCAGAACCAAUUGUUUCGCAUCCUCUUGCAGACAGCGAAUCUUUAGAUUACUCCAAUAUGUAUGGAGCGGAAGAUGACUUCAGGGCGCAUGUUUCUGGCAUCAGUACAGAUAUGGAUGAGGGAACUCCACCAGAUCGUGAAGUUCUGGUUAUUGAACCUGGAUCACCUAUUAGCUCCCCUUUGUCUGAUCACGAGGAAUAUGAGGAUCAUAUUAUUAGUAACAGCACAAAUGAUGAUUGGUUACCAAUUGUUACACCCCCCAAGAAACUAGUUUCUGAUGAAAACCUUAAAGCAAUACUGAGGAAAUGGAGGCAGCGUGCUGCAGACAAGCGAUUACUUAGGGAGCAGAAGAAUGCUCUUGCUGUUGCAGCGUUGUGUUCUCUAUCACUUGGCCCACCAGUUCAUAAAAGUACAAUGGUGCCUAAGCUAGCAGUUGAAGAACUAGAUAUUGGCCAUGCCUUUAAAGAAAGACAAGCAAGAAAGCAAAGGUCCUGGUCAUGGCUAAAUGUUUCCGAGUUGUCUGGUCCCAUUCUAAAUGAAAAUAACCCUGAUGCUAGAUGCCUCUGCUGGAAGUUGCUUGUACUUGUCCCACCAGGUGCUAUGGAAUCCCAGACCAACAGUUUUGCCUCAAAAUGGUUACUUAGAAAGCUCAUGGGUUAUGGAAUUGGAGAUAGUGGAUUGGUUAUUUCUUCAGCAGGCCUAUCAAUUUGGACAGAGUGGAUCAGUUUUCCAAACACAUGCUGUUUGUCUGUUGUUAGAACCAGUGAUCAACAAAUUAUUGAUAAUGAUAUUGCUAACAGUACGAGUUGUAUAGUAUUUGUAGUGUCUGAAAGCAAUUCAUGGGAAAUGCAGAAGGAGCGGUUUAACAAUCUUUUAGCCUACAUACCAGAUGAAUCCAAUCUUCCUCUUCUGAUUUUGAGUGGCGAUACAUAUAACGAAGGAUAUGACUACGCGUCAAAGUAUAUCAUGGACAGGCUUGGCCUCAGUGGUCUUAAUGGAGGAAAGAUCGGUUCGUCUUUGGUUAUUUUUCUUGUUGAAAACUACACAGAAGACCAUGCCAAUGGUUUCUUUGAUGAUGAAAAACUGCGUGAGGGCCUGAAGUGGCUGAUAAGUAGUUUGCCAAGGCGGCCCGAUGUCACUCUUGUGAAGACCCAUGAGUUGCUUCUGGACUACUUGAAUCCACAACUUGAGCUGCUUAACACCCAUGUUGCACCUGGAGCUGGCCCUGGGGAUUGCAUUUCAGUAUUCAACAAUGCUGUCAAUCAACUUGCAGAAGAGAUUUUGGCUGCGGCAUGCGCAAACUCUAGCCAAUGGCCAGCUCCUGAGAUUGAUCUUCUGGAGAGAACAAGCAAUGAGAGGAUAUAUGCAGAAAUGUUCUUGCCUAGCAUUGGAUGGUCUUCGCCAUCAAGGAUCCAACCACUGCUUGCAGCCAUUAAUAGUUGCAAGAUUCUAGAGUUCAGUUACGAUCUAUCCUGGCUAAACCAUGGUUCUCACAUGGGCAAGCAGAUCCAAGAUCAGAAGAAGUUGCUUCAGGAGUGCUUGGCGAGAUAUUUGACUGAAUCAGUCCGGUUGUUAGAUGAAACCCAGGUGGUCACCGAAGUGAAUAUUAUGGUGCAGAAAUGUGUUGGCCUUGAACUCCGGGAUUCGUCUUACUAUCUUGCUCCCAGAUGGGUGGCUAUCUUCCGGCGUAUUUACAACUGGAGGCUAGCAAAGCUUUCUACCGGAGAGUUCUCAGAAGCUUAUGUUCUGACUCAGCACCUCUAUCAGGCUCCUACAGCAGCUGGCCCUAAUGGUACCACACAAGGGCUUACUGCUAACAACACCACCAGCGAUGAUGUGGCCAUUUUGGAGGAUCACAUCAUGAUGCCUGCUGUUUCAACCGGCAUCACACUAGAUGAAAUCAUCGAGAUCAGUUGCGAUCUCGAUGCUGUUGAUGCGCAGCCCGUAACUCUACCACCACGACUGCCUGCACAGGUCCAUGAAGAACCUCAGGCACCUACUGACACCAACUGCGUCGCAAACGGGGUGCAUGGAGUUGAUGAAAUGUACAUACCAAGAAGAGUGGAAUUGGGUGAGCUUGUGCCACUCGAGAGGGACGACAAGCUUGCCCGGCUACUGGAGCAGUGCACCAAGCUGCAGGAGAGGAUCGAUGAGACACUUUCCAUAUACUUUUGA